AUGUCUCCAGUAGUGGACGAGACAGCAGGGGAUGUCCCAGUGAGAGACGUAGGUCUGAGGGAACUGAUGCCAGCUGUGCCAGACUCUGUCCGCAAUCGUAAAGCUACAAGGAGGCCCCAUCACACCAGAAUUAAGUUGGACCCUCAGCGAGUGUUCCGGGCUCCCCGGGACCAGCUGGAGGAGCUGUGUCUGCAGCUGCAGGAGGAGAACAGUGUGCUUAAACAGCACAGCCGGUCUCAGGAGCAGAGGAUCCAACGGAUGUCCAUCAGGCUGUCCCGGGCUCGACAAGCCCGUCCCUGCUCGAGUGGGAUCCGGGAGAGGGACCUGGAGGACACCAUCCAAGAGCUGGAGGGCCGUGUGGUUCUGCUGGAGGGACAGAAGCAGCUGCUGCACAACCGACUAAGCCUGGCCAAGCAGCACCUCCUGGAGUUGGGAGGGCCUACACACCGCUACCGCAAAGUGAGGAGUUUUGAUGCAGAAGCAGGAGCCUGUAGAGCCACCCACACGGCUCCCGCUCGCUAUGGCCCUGCUCUGGACCAGUCCGACAGGCUUGGCAGCAGUGGGGCAGAACAGCUGCGGAUGGCCCAGUUGGAGAUGGCGGCACAGACACUACGGGACACUCUGAGAGACAGGGACAGAGAGCUGCAGGACAUCAGGAGGACACAGGCCCAGACACACAGGUUGACGAUCCGAGAGAACGUGGAGCUGGUGCGAGUGCAGAAGCAGCUGUCAGACAAGAGUACAGCUCUGAGGUUUACAGAGGAGAGACUGGCCCACCUGCACCAGGCCUUUGAGAAACAACUGGAGGAGAGCCAGCGCUCUCUGGAGGACAGUCACGGAGGUCUGCUGCUCCGUGUGGAGGAACUGAGGAGACAGUUGAAGGACGAGAGAACAAAGGCAGUGGAACUGGAGGAACAACUGUCCACAGCCUCUGUGUCCCAGCAGACCAUCAACAAGUUACAGGAGAGAGUGUCCGACCUGGAGGGAGAAAGGGACCUCAUCAAACAGAAUUACGACUCUCUCCUGCAGAGGACAUUCCCAGGUCAAUGUGAAGUUCCAGAGCUGUCCCACAGGGAGAAGUGCAGAGAACCAGACCAGGAGCAUUCAUCUGAGCUCCUUCUGCUGAGGGACACUCUGCAGAAGGAGAGGGAGAAGGUCCAUGAACUGGAGGAGGACAUGGACAGGAUGAGACAGGAGGUCCAGCAGCUCAGAGAGGAGAAAUAUGUGAGGACGGAGCAGGAGAAGCAGCUCGGGGACACAGAGGAGACUCAGAAGCUUCUGGAGCAGCAGAUUGUCCUGUACAAAGAGCAGGUGUCCACUCUGCAGCACAGACUGGACUCUGUGGCCCAGGCAUUUGAGAUGAAUGUGGAUGACCUGAGCAAGACACUCUUUCAGAUCAAGGAGUUCCGGGCACAGCAGUACAGUAGGGCACGGCUAAGGUUCCUCCAUUCUGUGGGCCAGGUGGAACAGGCCCCUUUGGAGAUCUCCCAGAUGCAGGCCUCACACACAGAGACCAUCUUGGAGCUACAGAAGACGAGGGAGCUCCUCAGGCUGGAGCACAACAUCUGCAAAGACCUGCAGGGGGAGCUGAAGCUGCUGGGGCAGAGGAUGGAGAGAGAGAGGGAGGAGAGCAGACAAAGGAGCAGAGAGAAGGAGCAGCUCUUGGCCAAGCGCAAUCUACAGAUCAGCACUCUGCAAGCCCAGCUAAAGGAGUUGGCCUACAGCCCCAGGAACUACAGGCGAACACUCCCAGUGCAGUACACAUGGCCUGGGGUGGACCAGGAGACAGUGCAGCCGAUGGAGGACAACCUUAUCUUUGCCCAACUCAAGCCUGGAGAGUCACUGCUGGAAGUACACCUCCAAAGUGCGACGUUCACACCGUGUGGCCUGCGUGCUCUGGGGGCCUUGGCUCGGCAGCAGGAUGAGAAGGGCCUGGAGGGCGUGGUCACCUUCUGCACCUAUAACUUUCUGGACUUUGAGCUACACUCCACCCCCCUGGUGUCAGGGAGCCAACCCAGCUACGGGUUCACCUCCCGCUAUGUGCUAACCCCGCAGGAUCUGGAGCGGCUCCAAGGCCCAGGAGGAGGAGGAGCUCCACUGGAGCUGCACCAGGCUGUGGGAGGGGUCCGCUUUGUUACACAUGGAGGGGGGCAUGUUAGUCUGCUGGAGGCACUGCAGAGGAGAGGGGAGCGCGUGGAGGGACGAGUAAACAUCACAGGUCCAGAGGGGGGAGCCGUGGGGACUCUGGACUUCUGGGCCCGGCUCCACCCUCCUGCUAAGCCUGUGGACUUUGGACCCAGAACAACAUGUAGGAGGCCAUCACAGAAGGUCCCAGGCCAGGCCACUCUGGGCUGGCAGGACAUUUCUACUGAGGAGGUACUGGACUUAGGUGUUGGCAUCCCGAACGAGCUGCUGGUGACUCUGGAGCGCUGUGUGGGUUUGAGCUCUCGCUGGCCCGGGGUACUGCCAGACGCCUACCUGUCCUACCGUCUGUACGACCUGCCCCCCUACACCUCCCCCACUGUGUUCUGCUCCGCUGACCCUGUGUACAACCACUCCACCUGCUACGCCCUGGCUGUCACCCAGGACCUGCUCAACUAUCUGCAGUGCAGCAGUCUGUGGGUGUAUGUCUUUGAUGACAGUGAGGACCAGGUGCCCCCGGUUUACCUAGCCAAGACCCCUGUGCCACUGCAUGCACUGGCUCUGGGCAGGGACAUCCGAGGGGACUAUGUGCUAAGGGAUGCAGCAGGGGGCCCUCGGGGGGUGCUUCGAGUCCUGAUAAAAUGGAAGUACCCCUUUAAAGGCCCAGCUGAAAACCGAGGAGAGAGCAAAACUGAGCAGGAGAGAGUGAGGAGGAAAGAGGAGCCUACGGACACACACAAACCCAUCGCCAAGCCCAGGGCCAAGCCAAGCCCCCCCCUGAAGCAGAGGAGCGCUCCUCAGCUGGUGGUCCCAGUGGAGACCACCAGACACAGGUCCUCCAAGAUGUCCCCUGGUUCAGAGCUCACCACACACAGCAGGCGCUCUUCCUCCAGGGGGUGCUCUGCUAGAACCCCAAGAAGAGAUGCUCCUUCACCCCCCCCCCCUCCUCUUCAGGACCAGGCCUCUGUGGAGCAGGACUAUGGACAUGAGCACAGAGAGCACACUGACACUGCUGAAGAUCCUGUCUCCUCUGUGGUCUCUGAGUGUAGCUCCACACACAGUGAGGAGGUGGUCAUACCUCCAGCCCAUUUUCCGCAUCACGGGCCCAGGCUCCGAGUGGAGAUCCUGUCCCUGCGCCUGGAGCCCUCUGCCCCUGUGGCUCUGGACAAGUCUGUGCAGCGUCUGUUUGUAGAAUACCGCCUGCUGGGGGUCCCUCUCCACUCCACCGAGACCCCCAUGUCCUUGAGGAAGCCCAGCCGAGGACAGGAGGUGCACUACAACUUCACCAGAGUGAUCUAUGUGGAUGGCACCCAUGCGGUUCCGCUCAGACACUACCUGUUCACCAUUCUGGAGGGCACUGACCCCCACCAGGGCAGGUUGAAGUUCACGGUAGUGAGUGAGCCAAUGGAUGAGGAGGAUGAGUGUGUGGAUGUGGGACAUGCCUUCCUGGACAUCAGGGAGCUGCUGGAGACAGGGCAGGAUGUGCUGGAACGGGACAUCCAGAUUGUAGCCAUAGAUGAGGACAGAGAGGAGAAAGAGGUGAUUGGACAUCUCAAAGUGUCCCUGGAAGCAGCGGUGGCUCUGAGUGGCAUCUACAGCGAGUUCCACCAGCACAUGAACAUGAAGGAGGACACAGAGGACAGACAAGACAGGAAGGACAAUGAACAAGAGUCGCUAAAGGUCAUAAAGUUUGACCAAGACAGUGACUUUUGAUAACUUUUUCCCACUGGGUUUUAGGUAUUGGCCUAUACACCCUUUAAAGUGCACAUGACAGCUUUAACUAUUCAUUUCAUUAAAAUAUAGUUAUCAUUAUAUUAAAAGGAGUGGGUUUUUGCAGUUGUUGAGCUUUCCACCAACGUGGAACUAUAAUGUUGUUCUCUCGUCAAAAACAACCUGAAGAGGUUUGUCAUCCAUGCACCCUCCUUACUAUAAGAUUCUGCGCACUGCUCUGCCUACGAGCCCAUGUCACCGCUGCUCCCACACAAUAGUUCUCUGUGACAAAGUGGGCCUUUGUCCCUUUUUAAUAUUACCAUCAUUUUGUUUGUUCACAUGUAUGGCAUGGUAUGGUUAUUGUACCCCAACUCCUUGGAACACAAUAAACACCUCACCUUUAAAUAAAAUAAGAAACCGUGAAAAAUUGCUCUAUAUAAUUAAAUAUAAUGCAUCUGUAAUUAUGUUAAAUUUUACUUACCUUGUUAGUGAUAUCAAAUCAAAGUGUUCCCACACGGGAAAACCUUCUCUUCCUCCCUGGCUCCAUCCUAUCACCUAUUCAACUCUCCUCAUUCUCCUAAAUCUCUCUCCCUAAACUCUCCAAACUAUCUGCAAACUAUAUACAAACUAUAUACAAAGUAUACAAAUCAACUUUCCAAAUUCUCCAAACUCUAUCCAAACUCUCAACUAAACACAACUCUCCUACAAACACCCACAUUUUGAAUGGAGCCUGAGGGGUUUAUAUAGCAGUAAAAGCUUGCGGCAAAAUCCGAACCACUUCCCGAAGCAAUCACGUGGUACUGCCGGGCAACGAGGCUUCGGACGUCAUCAUUUUCAGCUCCUCCCCCAAAUGAAGCAAGCCUCGAUACGCACUUUGCGGAAACAUCCCCUUCAUUGCUCGACACACGCUUCGAAA